AGAACUAGAAUAUAUAGAAAUGUGUAUCUGCCUUUAGAAAAUUAUACUGUUUAUAAGACUCUCGUUGUUUUAUGUUGCUUCACUAAUAUACAUGUCUUAUCUGUUGUAGUUUAAACUGAGGUAAUAAAGUUGCUAAGUAUUUCCUCUAACAGAUAGGUUUAGCUGGAUGCAUUCGGACAUGAAUGUAUAGUUGUUCUAUCUACUGGGUUUCUAUGGCGUAGCUGUUGUAUUGUUUUGGUUGGGAAAUUUGCCUUAUGGAGCAACGACUCACUUUCACUAAGUGAUGGAUGAGCAGACGGGCUCUCCUGCAGGCAACGCUGACAACAACAGCCAGAGAAAUGGAGAUGAGAAACCUCGACGUGGCAGCUGGACCAAAGGGAGGAAGAGGAAGAAGCCAAUGAAGGACAGCAAUGCGCCCAAAGCUCCCCUGACGGGCUACGUUCGCUUCAUGAACGACAGGCGGGAGCAGCUGCGGGCGGAGCGUCCGGACGUGCCCUUCCCAGAGAUCACCAGGAUGCUGGGCAAUGAGUGGAGCAAGCUGCCCCCGGAGGAGAAGCAGCGAUAUUUGGACGAAGCGGAGCGAGAUAAGGAGCGCUACAUGCGAGAGCUGGAGAAGUACCAGAAGACCGAGGCCUACAAGCAUUUCACCAGGAAGGUCCAGGAGAAGCAGAAGGGCAAGAGGCACCGGGGAGAUGUUGGGCACCAAGUCGCCAGCGAGGCUCUUCAUGAGAAAGACGCGGAGGGAAAGGACAGGACUGUGUUUGACAUCCCAAUCUUCACGGAAGAGUUUCUCAACCACAGCAAAGCGCGAGAGGCCGAGAUGCGGCAGCUGCGCAAGACCAACAUGGAGUACGAGGAGCGCAACGCGGCCCUGCAGAAGCACGUGGAGAGCAUGCGCGGGGCGGUGGAGCGGCUGGAGGGCGACGUGAUGCAGGAGAGGGAGCGCAACGGGCUCCUGCACCAGCACCUGGAAACCCUGCGCCAGGCGCUCACCUCCAGCUUCUCAACGGUGCCUCUGCCAGGCAGUGGAGAAACCCCGACCUUCGACACCAUCGACUCUUACAUGAAGAAGCUCCACACCGUCAUCAUCAGCAGCCCCCAGGAGCACGAGAGUCUCAUCAACACAGUGAGAGACGUAGUCAGCCGCCUGGACAGAUAAUCGGAUGGAGUUCACCUGAUCUGAUGGACCGGGAUUCGUCUUCAAGACGUUUCAUCAACUUGUCGUCUCCCAGUCGAAUUACAAAAUGUCCAGACUCUGCUGUGGUCAUAUUGGUGAAUGUGCGGUAGCUUCUCAUAUUAAUUUAUUUUGUCCCCAACAGUUUACACCCGAUCGGUAGGGCGGUAGUAAUCUUUUUGAACCGGACAUUUUCUGUUGUUUGCAUCCUGUCCAUUCACGUCUGCCUCCUCACCAGACCCAUCACUAUCAUACAUGAUGUGUUUGCAUUAAGCCGUUGCCGAGAAAUAUCCCUGACAUGUCUGUUACUCUCGUAUAAUUAGUCGAAGGAGAAGAA